GUGUCGUCGGAUUCGAAUCCGUUGCGGUUGCGUGAGUGCUAAUCAAAAUCAGUUGAAUUGAUUACAGAAUUUUUUUUUGAAAUAAAAACUAAGCUUAGUUCUUAACAAAGAAUUGAAAAAUAUAUUUUACCAAAAUAAAGUUAAUUUUACAAAAUAAACGAAAAAUAUAUAUUUUAUGUGAAUAAUCAAUUACGCACCGAAUGCCCACCGUUCAAAAGUAACGAAUGUGUAUUAAAUGUGCGGAAUUUAAUUAAAUUGUCAUUUUGAAACGUUGAAUGACGUUGCUGCAAGUUGUACUCGUGUAUGAGCGAUGAACCCUAGGUAUGGGGUCUUUGGGCUGGCACUGUUUACUUUAAUGUGCAACUUUAGCUGUGGUGCAGGACGCGAGUCUCAGUUGAGAAUUGGUAAAGCAAUAAAUGUAUUCGUACGCUAUGGCUACCUGGGCAUUUCAAUGCGGGUCGUGCCCUAUAACGAUAGUUACGAGACAGACAAGUGGCUAUUUAGGGAGCCCACCAAAAAUAUAUAUAAGAAUAUCAGUGCAUUAACUGUGAGUGAAGAGCAGAAUGCGCCUGGAGUAUUUCAUGGCGAUUUUCAUUUGGAAUUUUGUGAUAAUCGUCGUCAGCUUUUUCAAGCAUAUUUUCGUGAUUUCACCAUUGAGCACUUGGAUAAGCCAUGGGAAGCAUUUACAGGUGGCUGGUUUCCCGAUAAUGCAGCUAAAAAAUUGGGCAUAAAUACUUCGUUCAUACAGGGUGAUUAUUCCUAUGUGUUAGUACGAGUGGUACGUUUUCGUGAAACAGGUAAACUUAAAUCGGAAAUACCACCAGACUUAAAACUUGAGACAGAUGUCAGUGAAAGCAUAAGUAAAUUAAAACCAGGCAACGUAACUGCUGCAAUUAAAUUUAUGGAAGCUUACGGUACACACUAUAUAAACUCAUACACAACUGGUAAUUCCUUAUAUCAGAUUUUUGUCUAUAAUCGGAAGAAUUACCAAAUGAUAAAAGAGCGUAUGAAGUCAAAGGACAAUAGCAGUUUUUCUAAAGCGGAUCUCUACAAUUUCUUCACACCUUGGUUUGCGGAGCAUUUGGGUCAAAUUAGAUCCGCUAGCGCAAAUGCAACGGUCGAACGUUGGGCGCGUCGUAAGCUGCAGUAUGAGUACUAUGUCGUGAAAUUCGUCACACUACUGAAGCUACAUGGGAAUGCUACACUGCUUCGCUCACUCGAUAGUCUGCUCGGCAAUGAUGCCAUACUCAAGUUGGAUCUGAAAGCACUGAACAUUAUUUUUCGAGAUGAGCCAGAGAAACAAAAUUGGUUUCACGAGGUGCUCGACAACCACAUGAAAUUAUGGGAAGUGAAUAUGUCACAAAAUUGAGUGUUGCUUGAGUGUCGGAUACUUGAGCGGUGGCAAUAGAGCAUAUCAAGUUCCUAUAGCGCUGCCUUCAUCUCACAGAAACUCUUCGCAAAGAGUCGCUGGCAAUAAUGCUCGCGUAUAAGCAAUUUUGUCAGCAAUUUUAGUCUUAAUUUUAAUCAUUUUGAUGCCUGUGAUAGAUAUUAAUUGUUUUUUUUUCUUAUUAUUACCAUUUUAUUAUUACCAUAAAUGAUAAAGUUUAUAUGAUAAAUUUCAUUUUAAAGUUAUAUUUAAGUUUAUAAUAAAU